UCUCCUCUUCUCUUUCUUUCCUUCCUUCUUUCUUUCUCGCCGCGCCAUGCACCGUCCCGGGAGCCGCCGGAACCACGAACAGUGCGGCGCCGACUCCGGAGCCGAGACCGGAGGGUCAGAAUACAGCUGUGUAUCAUCCUCCAGUGGUGAGCUCUCGGUGGAAGAUGUACCUGAUCCAUUUCUUGUUAGCAUGCACAUCAUUGCAAAUCCUGGAGAAUCUGCUCUUCUCCAGCAAGCCAUUGAUAGCCUUUUGGCCUGGAUCCACCCAGACCUGCAGCUCUUCCGUGUGUCAGAGAGGCGGCUCCCAAGGAAGCCUCGGAGGCUUCACAAGGCAAUAACUUCCCAGCCAGCCCUUGCUGUGAUCCUCUUCCUGCAAGAAGACUUUGACGGUGAACCCAUUUUGCAGCUCCAUGAGUCUUUCCAGAGUCCCCCCUGGCACUAUCAUCAUACUGAGCGAGUACAUGGAAAGUUCCUCCCUUACAUGCCAGGCAGCCAGGACUUUUUCAUCUUGGUCCCUGGGACUCCCUUGUGGGCCAUCCGACCAGUGCAUUAUGGGAAGGAAAUCAUACGCUUUACCAUCUACUGCCGGCACGAGAACUUUGCCAGCACCAUGAAGCUCUAUGAAUUGAUUCUGAAGAAACAGCUUCAUCAGCAAAAGGCAGAUUUCUGCGUGUUCCCCAUCUAUUCUAACAUGGACAUAGACGUCCAGUUCUCUUUGAAGAAGCUCCCAAGGGGCCUUGUGCCAACUCCCACCGAGUCAGCUGUGCUGGAAUUCCGCGUGGAAGAUAUCCGGAAGCUUUUGCUUCUCUUGCCCUAUCCCUGCAGCCCCCUCAGCGAAGGCAGGUGGCAAACUGAGGAUCCUGAUGGAAAUAAGAUCCUUUUGCAGCAAGUUCGUUACAAGAGGUGUGCUCAGCAGAACAAGUUUUGCUGGUUGACUCCCUUGAGGAACCUUCCUCUGACACCACCACCAACUUUUGUUCCAUUCAGCACCAGAUGGACUCUGAACAAAACCAAUGAUCCUUCCAAACCCAUUCAUUCAAUCACAUUGAACCAUGCCAAGCCCCACCUAGGCAUUUCCCAGCAAGACUUGAGGAACGAUGCCCGUGGACGUUUUCCCAAAAGAUCCAGCACUGCCUCGACUGACUCAGGUUCAUUCCAGCGAAGCAAAUCUCUCGUAUGCUUGCCCACUGCAAGCUCUUCCCUGACCUCUGAAUCUUUCCAUUUUAGUGAGCCAACCUCAUUCAGCAACUUCUCUUCUGGGCACAGGAGAAGAGCCAAAGUGAAUAUUGAUGACUUGGAGGGCGUUCAGGAGACUGAUGUUGAUACGGGGAUGAAAUUGGCUUUCUCUGAUCUCUCUGUGGUUUCUGCAUACUCAGCCCCUGAAAGUUUCAGUACUGAGAAGGAAGCAAGAACAGCGUCUCUUCCUCACAAGGGGAUUGUUGAUAGAUUUAAGCAGGCCAUCUCUAGAAGGAAAUCUCCUUCAACCAAGUGUAACAUUCCUGAAUUUUCCUCCAGUUCCUUUACUUUUCCAUCCAGUUGGUCUUGCAGCUCUUCUCCAUCUCUGUCAGCUUCAUCAGUGGCUCAUUUUGAGAUCAAACGUUUGCCAAAAGGAACAGUUUUUUCUUUUGAUGACAGCCGAACAACUGGUGGUGGAAGGAAAAAGGAGGAAGAAUUCUACAUCUGAACUGCUUCCAUUUUCAUGUCUCUUUGUAUAGUUGUAAACAUUUCAGAGGUAGAAAGCAGAGCAAGCUCAUGUUUAGAUUACAUGGGGAUUCUGGAAAUUGUGAUCCAAAAAUGUGACUUUUCCAUUUGCUAGAAAGAUUUAGCAGGAAUUGGUAUUCCACUCUAAGCUCAAGACAAGGUGUCCAAAAUUAAUUCUGUGAAUCCAGAAUACUCCUGGUGAUUUGUGGUUUUUUAUGUGUCUCUCUCCCAAGCUGUAGUAGUUUGGACAGGACAAGGUUCAGAUUUGCCUUCAUUAAUCCGUUUUUCUUUAAGAGUAUGUCAUUUUUAUGCUUUGGAAAAAUGCUCUCCCCUCCUUUUCUCCCUUUGUCACUUACACUAAAACUGGUGAGAUCAGACCUGGGUCAACGGCAUUACCAAAUUGUUCUGCCUUCCCUAUUUUAUACAAUGUUCAUGGAGGGGAGGAAGGGAAGGGAAAGAAGAAAGGAAGGAAAGCAAGCAGGUUUGUUUGGCAUCCUAUAGGGAAGUUGCAUUAUCUUACACUUGUGCAUAGUUGAAUUGUGUAGUGCAGAACAUUUUUUAUAAUAUGGACAUAGCUCCACC